AUGGAUUCAUAUUCACUGAGAGCUGUUGCAGAUAUACCUGCGCCCUUCCGUAGCAUAUUCAAUUUCAGGUAAUAUAUUCGAAAUGUUUCUAUGAUGGUUUAGAUGAUUAUUUUUUUAGUUCCUUCUAUGUAGUUGUAGUUCUCCGUCAAGAGUUCUUUUGAUUUGUUCUCCGCCAUAAUGAACACGGGGAUAUGUCUUUGCUUAAGCCUUCCCCCACAUAAUGCGCUCAGACAAUUGAGUAUGAUUUGUUCUCAUGCUUAUAAUGGCAAAUUUUAAACCUUGUUAAAGAUUUGUACUAUCUGCUCUUUUUUAUUUUAUUUAAAUAAUUUUUAAUAAAUUGGCUUGAUUGUUUCGUCGGAUGUCUCUUGUUGAUCAUACAUGGCCAUAGUAGUUCACUGAGGUUUUGUCAUAGAGGAGUGUCAAUAUCUUCUAUCCAUAUGGAUUUGGUCAUUCAGGUUGAACUAUGUGACGUGUUCAUUAGAACUGAGAUUCUCUAACCCAUUUUCUGUUCACACUAUGCGUUACCACUCAUGGAAAUUGGAAUGUCCUUUAUAGGUGCCACAUCAUGAUAUAGCCAUUUUUUUUAAGACGAGUACAUUACUUCAGUAACUUGUUAUUCAUUUGCAGAUAUUUCAAUUCUCUACAGAGUGAAUGCUUCUCCUGCUGUUUCCUCUCUGAUAUGAACAUGAUCAUCUCUGCACCAACCGGAAGUGGAAAAACAGUGCUAUUUGAGCUUUGCAUACUGAGGCUUCUCUCAAGGUUUCUCUCUGGGGAUGGAAAGUUUAACCACAUUAAAGGCACGCUUAAAACAGUACGUCCCCUUGUUCUCGGCAGCUGGACAAGUUUUCUUAGAAAUGGUUUUGAUAUUUUGGACAUUUUUAUCAACAUAAGGCAUCGUCUUCUGGAUAGCAUUGACCUAGCUGCACAGAUUCGACAGAAGAUUCCAUUUAUGGGUGUAUUGGAAAGUGGAGUCACAAUAUGACCCAACUUUCUUGGUAUGCACCGGAAAAAGACCCAUAAAAUAAUGAAUAUCAUCAUGUAUUUAAUUACUUACUUUACACUCUAUCUUGGGUGGAUCGGGUUGGCAACUUUAUGAUUACAGAAACUUAUCGACAUUUGAGCGAAUUCUAUGAGUAUAAUUUUCCUUGCCUUAUGUCUUUUAUUGGCUUCAGAGAUCUAUUCUGAGUCUUUUCCCCCUCCUAUGCAUUCUGAAAGAUUUACAUAGCUCCAUCAAAGGCCCUAGUACAAGAGAAACUCCGUGAUUGGAACCAGAGGCUUGGUUCCUGUGGAGUCAGUUGCUUGGAGAUGACAGGUGAUAGUGAAUCAUCUAAUUCGAAGUGUAUACAAGAGGCUGAUAUCAUCCUAACCACGCCUGAGGUCAGUAUUUAUCCAAUCGUGCUAUCAUUUCUGAGUUGUCUUAAAGUAUUUUAUUUUUUUAAUAAUACGUGGCAUCAUUUAUCGACAAAAUUUACAGAAAUUUGAUGCUAUGACUUGUCACCGAAUAAGAGCUGGUGGUAUAAGUUUUUUUAGUGAUAUUUCCCUGGUACUCAUUGACGAAGUCCAUUUGCUGAAUGAUCCACGUGGAGCUGCACUUGAAGCUAUAGUUAGCAGAAUCAAAAUGCUCUCCCGUAUCCCAGACAUGGAAUCUUGCCCUUUGGCUAAUGUUCGAUUCCUGGCAGUUUCAGCUACAAUCCCUAAUAUUGAAGACCUGGGUAAUUAUUUUUGUCGUGAUGAGAUUUAAGAAAUUUAUUGCCUAAUAAUUUUAUGAUUUUUUUUCAAGUAUUCAGUUCUUACUAAUUUUCUUGUAGCUGAAUGGCUCAUGGCCCCUCCAGGGGGAAUUAAGAGGUAAAUUUUUGGUUCCUUUAUCCAGGUGCAAAGCAGCCCCCCCUAAAGGACUCUUUCCUUGAUGGUCUUUCAUAAAUCUUUUUGACGCAGAUUUGGUGAAGAGAUGAGGCCUGUAAAAUUAAUGACAAAGGUUCUCGGUAAUUUUCUUUUCCUCUUGCCACCGUUGAGCUCUCCCAUUGUGCAUUCUCCCAAAUACCACUUGAUGCUUAAAAAAAUAUGUUCGUUAAGGUAUUCCUCAACUGAUUGACGGAACAUCCUGGUAAGAUAUAAUAUUUAGAUUUGCUUUUACUCUCCAAAAUCACAUAAUAUCAAGAUACCUCAUCUUCGAAAAUGAUCAUUACUUGAAAUGAUUUUAGACCAUAUUAUUAUGUUGAAUAAUCAAAACAACAAUUUCUUCUUCUUCGGUCCACUCUUCGGCAACAUUACAUUAGUAUUGUUCAUUUUAUGUAUAUAUACCGUUGAUCUGUAAUUUUUCUGUUUGAAAGUUGCAAUGCAAUGAUGGCUAGGAAUCUGGGGUAUUAACUGAAAAUUUUUAGUAUAUUUAUUUCAUUUUCGUAGACAACAUAGCAACCCAUUCCUCUUUUCUGCUAAAUGACCGCUGAAUUUAUUUUUUUCUUCGUCGCCACCCAUAAUUUUUCAGGCUAUGCCCAGGCAAGAAAUGACUUCUUAUUUGAAAGCGUAAGUGCUUGAGAUAUUUCUCAUCCUACGGCAUACGGGCAUUAUAAUUUUUCCUCGAUAAACUCUGUCCUUAGCAGAGGAGAGCUGUGAAUGAGGGAUCUUUCUUUUUAGUGUUUCUGAUUGGCUAGUAUUUUUUUUUCUCAUUUUGACAGCGCCUCCAAACUUUCAUCUUUGGUAAGGAAAAUACAUCUAUCCCAUAUAUAUUCUCCAACCUUUUUCCAUCUUUCAAUUUUCUUUGAUAAUAAAAAUAAAAUCCACUGUGCGUAUGAUCACAGAUAUCCUCAUGCAACAUUCUGCUGGAAAAUCUGCGCUCAUUUUUUGUUCCACCAGAAGGGGAGCCCAAGAAGCAGCCCAAGGCCUUUCUCGCACUGCAAUGGGGCUCGGUUGUUCAAAUCCAUUUAUAAAAUCCAAUCAACAACGAGAAAGAUUAAAAGAAGCCUCUUUAUCUUGCAGUGAUAAACAAAUGCAGUCAUGCAUUCCCUACGGCGGUAAUUAUCUACGUAUUGGCCCGUUUUGUCCACUAAAAAAGGCUGUUUUACUUUUGAUACAUAAAUUUUAUAAUCUGUUUCACGAAAAUUAUCUUGCAACUUCAUAUUUUUUUAGUCAAGAAAGUAAAUCAUUAUUGAAUGCAGUCGGAUACCAUAAUGGAGGCCUGUGCUUAAAAGAUCGAACCCUCGUUGAGGGACUUUUUCUAAACGGUGAUCUUCAAGUUCUGUGCACUACAAAUACCCUGGCCCAUGGUAUCAACUUGCCCGCGCAUACAGUGAUAAUUAAAUCAACUCAGCACUUGUAUGUAAUAGUCAUCAUAUUCUUAUUUGUUAAAUGAUAAGAUACUCUAAUGGACCAUGUAAUUCACGAUUCUUGCAUCUUAUGACAGUAACAAGGAGAAAGGUCGCUAUGUAGAAUAUGACCGGUCAAUGAUUUUGCAGGUUUGUCUGUAUUUUAUCAUCUUUAGGUGACGUGCAAUGCUGUUUAUUUUUGAGCUUUUUCAUCCUGCAUCUAUAUGUCGUUUUCCUCUCGAAAGACAAAAUUAACGAAAAAAUAAUUAAAUAUAAUCUUGAUAGUUACUUGAGCUGUUUUAAGGAGAAAAUGGACCAAAUAUUAGCUCUUAAAGAAAAUUCUUCAAGUGUGGCGUCGGUGCCGUUUGUCAUGGACUUGUAAAGACUUAAACGAGUAAGCUAUCACCAAGCUUUUGUGUUUUAAUCUGUCCUUAUGGAACCUGUUGAUCAUAAAGCCAUUCAUCAGUGUGGUAUUUUUGAUAAAAAACGUUCUUUUUUGCAAAACCGUGAGUCUUCUCAAACUAAGAAUAGAAGGCUGGAUGUGCCCAGAAAAUUUCCUCUGUUUAGGGUUAUCUUUUAGUCCACUUUCACUCGGUAAUGCCUGGACAGUCUGAAUCAACCGAUUAAAUCAACCCCAUGUCGUGUCAGUAGUGGUCGCUUUAUAAAUAAAAAUCAGCCUACAGAUGUGGUGGCAGGCUUUAUAUCAUUUCAGGCUAUAUAUGUUCGUUUUAAAACAAUAUGCGCCUAGCGACUAUAUGUCCCUUUCCUCGUUCACUAACUUCUGAAAUAUCAAUUUUCCUUGCUUGAAACUUCAACUAAAGAUGUGCGGGAGGGCUGGACGCCCACCAUUUGAUGAUACCGGCACAGUUGUCAUAAUGACCAGAAGGGAGACCGUGAGUUCAUUACUGUAAUUUCUCUACAGUAUUUUUAUGCAUUGUUGACUUCUUUAGUUUCAUUGUAACGAACAUCAGUACCAAUACUAUUCCAUCUAGUUUGAGUCUUGCUUUAUCAGUCUUAUAUGCCGUAUCUUCGUUAAAUAAUUAUAGAUUUACGCAUUUUUCUACAAUUUUAGAGCCCGAAAAAAGAUAUUUUUCAUGAAUCCUGGGAUGAGCUUUUGUUCAUAUCCUCUGUGCACGUUCAAGGCGUCUUAAAAGGAUUUAAUCUCCAGCCUUGCCAUGCUCGCAAAAUGUCUUCUUUCCUGUAUAAUUGGAUCACAACCAAUCAGAGAGUGGUUCAGAAGUUACUUUUCCAAAUUUUGCACUAAUUUGCUCUAAUUUUUUAAUUGAUAUCAGGUACAUCUAUAUGAGAAUCUCUUAAAUGGUUGUGAGAUGGUGGAAUCCCAGUAAACUCUCGAUCUUUGUUCGACACUGGAUUCGGUGCUACAAAGUCCUCAUGCUUGCCAUCAUCUAACAUUUUUCUACUCUUACUGCAGAUUACAUGCCUGCAUGACAGAGCAUCUGAAUGCGGAGAUCGUCCAGUUUACCAUUUCAGACAUCAGUUUGGCAAUUGAAUGGCUGAAAUAUUCCUACUUAUAUGUGAGAAUAAAAAAGGUAAUAUAUGAUGAUCAAUAUUAAUACGCAGUCGAUAUUUUCUUGCCCUUGAUCCACAUCAAUCCCUUGAUUUACUGCUCAGAAUCCUGAAAAUUAUGGAGUUCAGAAAAAAAUCCCCUAUGAACGUCUGGAUAAACACAUGCAAGGUACAAUUAGUCUCACAUAUAGUUACUAGUUUCUUUUCUCGGAACUCAUUUUAUUCUGAUUAAUUGUUUUUCAUUUUUUAUCAUGACAGAUAUAUGUGUCCAAAAAAUUAAUGAGCUCUCAAAACAUGGGCUGAUUUGGACAGAUGAGGACGGUUUCCUCCUGAGGCCUUUGGGUACGUUCAUCUCAUUUGGAAUUCUCCUUCUCCCAUGAAAGAGAGAAAAUAUGAAGUAACUCAUCCAUUCGAUCUUAUCCUGAUAUGAUUAUUUGACGCAAAUGGGACUAUGUUUUAGUUUUCGCGAUGGUCAUGAACAUAGAAAAUAAUAAUUCAUGCCGUCGAUCUACCCUGUUUGACUGAUCAAGGCAGGAAAAAGGUGCAUAAUUCAUCAUUCGAUGAUUUUAUCUUGAUGAUUAUCUGAUGCAGAUGGGACUAUGUUUUAGUUUCCCUCAGCUGAUAUUUGCCAUGAUCAUGAACAUAAAACAUACAAAUCCAUCCCUUCUUCCCACGGUGGUCAAUUAGUGUCUUUUAUGUAAGAAGUUUCCUCUCAGUCCUUAAUUACACCCUCUUCCCACUCUGCUCUCUCUCUCUCACACACACUCUCUCUCUCUCCACAUCCCUCCCACCCUUAUAAGACAGUUAUCCAGUUAUGAAAUUUGAAAAAUAGUAGGUUUCCAUGCAUCCUCAACACCUGCGAGGAGGAGUUCAAGAUCUCACUCAUCUGCGUUGACGAGACUAACCAAUCCGUCCGUUUUUUUGUCGCCAUCGUGCAUCUCUCUGAUAUGUUUUUUUUUUCCCAUGCACGCAGAACCCGGAAAGCUAAUGACGAAAUACUACCUGAAAUUCGGCACGAUGAAGAACGUCGUUCAAGCUCCGGAGAGCUGUAGCCUGGAGGACGUGCUCCGCAUAGUAUGCCGCUCCGAGGAGAUCUCCUGUAAGCGGAGUAGCAUCACAUCCCCUCCCCGAACGAGCCCGUUGACAUUGCCCAGACCAACGAAUAUGACACUCUCUUUGGAAUCAUGUUCCAAGGGAUCCAGCUGAGGCGCAACGAGAAGAAGCUCCUCAACGACGUCAACGGCGACAAGGACGGACGGCUUCGAUUUCACGUCCUCGCAGAUAAUGGCAAGAGGAAGAAGCGCAUCCAGACGAGGGAAGAGAAGAUUUUCGUCUUGGUCAACGACUGCUUGACCGGCGACCCGACGGUCCACGACCUAUCUCUUAUCCAGGUGCUGCUAUUCCUUCCUCUCGGCCGUUUUCGACACCACUUUCAUCCUCUUAAACUUCCACUCCAGUGAGGUCUGAAGAUUUAUAUAAACCCUAGGACGUGAGCUCCAUAUGCUCGAACGGGUGUAGGAUCGCCAAGUGCAUGAAAGAGUGCUUCAUCUACAGAAAGAGCUACAGAGGUGCUCUUAACGCCACCCUCCUCGCCAAGUGCUUAGACCAGAGGCUCUGGGAGAACAGCCUCUUCUUGCUAAAACAGCUCCCCGGCAUUGGAAUGGUCACCGCCAAGGUCCAUCUCACCUCACCUCCCCACCCACCAUGCGUUUAGUGCUCAGUUUUUUUUUCUUUUUUUUCUUUUUUGGAGAUUGAACUCAUGUUCUUGUUCUUGUCCUUGGAGGGGAAUUUUGUUUGCAGGCACUUCGUUCGGCAGGGAUUCAUUCGUUUGAAACCAUGGCGGAAGCCGAUCCUCGGAAAAUAGAAAUGAUAACAGGGCGUAAGUACCCCUUCGGGAACCACAUAAAGGAGUCCCUGCUGUCGCUGCCGCCCAAGGUUGACAUGCGGAUCGAGGCCGAUGAGGACAAGAGGCAAGGGAAGUCAAAGCUGUUCAUCUGGUUGACUCGCGUUUCACAGUCAACGUCGAGAAAGCGGCACUACGCCGACUUGGUACGUGUUUAAUGGAACCACUCCAUUUAGGAUAUGCGUAGCUCUCGAUCCCCUUUGUUCCACCACAUAUGCCGAGCAAAUAUCAACCUCUUCUUCAUGCAGAUUGUGGGAUCCGAAGAGGAUAACCAGAUCUUAUUUCACGAGAAAAUAAGGUGGCUCUUCUCCUGGAAUAUACUUAGUUCAUAAAUCCUGAUUUUUUUAAUUUAACUUUCCUCCUCUGGCAUUUUCCUUGUUUUCAUGAAACAGGGUUGACGAGUUCUUGAGGUACCCUCCCCCGUCUUCACCGGUCUCCCCGUUUUGUUUAUUUUUUAUUAUUAUUAUAAUAACUCAGACCCAUACUAAGAAUAUGCACUAUAUUACCUAUACUAGGAACUUUGCCAUUUAUUAUUCAUGAGAUUCACUCAUUGUUUUGUGGACGCCUCAGCCCCUAUUCGGUGCCAAUCUUCGCCUGGUGCCCGCAGAACGGAAGGUUGACCGUGGGAGCGGCUCUCAUCUUCGAAGAGUACGGUAAAUAAUCCCCAUGUGGUCAAUCCCCGAUGCCCAAUGUUUCCUCCACACGUGGCUAACGCCCUCCUAUCGUCCCGCACGAAGUUGGCCUCGACGUGCAGCAGAAGCGCGUGAUCAGCAGGGAGAGCGCUCCGCCCCGCCCCACGGCACGUGUGAGCAGAGCCAGCGCCACAGAGUACCCACUCGCUAGGGAGAUAUACGUGGUCGAAGACGAUGACGCCGCUGGCCCAGCUUCCCCAGAUGCGCCCAGCUUCGACCUCUUGCCGGAAGACCGAGAGGAGCCAAUCGAAGGUGACUAUCCUUAUCCUCACCUCAUUUUCUCCCUCUUCCACCGUCAUUCGAUGAUAUUCGAGGACUCUCUGACCGUGCCAACGCCAGAUUUGACCCAAGUGAAAGCUUUGACCGAGCGCACCGUCUUCGACCACAUCCGGCGGAAGUCGAGGGAUCUACCGGCGCUGACGACGUCGAAGGCCAUGGUCUCCUCCUCCCUCGAGCCCUUGGCGCUCAAGAGACCUCGGACCCAGCACGACGAAAUCGUACCCAAUGGCGGGGGCAUUACGGGCCCAGACUGCGCCACCGGCCGGGCAGGAACAUACGAACCCUGCGAACUGGGUCCUGGCAAAGGUGAGUCUCCCCUCCUGACGUCCCCCCCUGCGGUGGGGGAGGCGCUGCCCUUCAAGAGCAUCUUCUCCUUUCUCUGA